AUGAUCAGAAUCUCGUUGAAAAGGAACUUUCUUGGUCGCAACGUUUUUAAGUCGAACCCCGUGUUGCUAGCAAGGCUUUAUUCCGGAACUAGAUAUAGGAGGUUCAAUGGUAAUCAAGACAAAACCUUUAAAGAUUACCUUUACGAUGCAUCUUCAAGAAAAUAUUUAGCUAUUUUACUUGGUGGAGGAUCUUUGUUUUACAUAUCUAACUUGGAUGAAGCGCCAGUUAGUGGCAGAACAAGGUUUAUCUGGCUCCCUCGUCCAAUUGAGACGCUUGUUGGAGAUUAUUCUUAUAAAUCAAUUCUGGGACAGACAGGCAACUCUAUAUUACCGGAAAGUCACUCAGUUACCCAAAGAGUGGCGAGAGUUUUCGAAAGAAUUGUCGAUGCUGCCUACAAAGAUCCAUCUGUUGAUAAAACUAUGCUCGAAGGAGUAAACUGGAAAAUACAUGUUGUCAACGACCCAAGUGCGCCACCCAAUGCUUUCGUAUUACCAGGUGGUAAAGUGUUCGUGUUUGUUAGUAUGUUGGGAAUAUGCCAAAAUGAUGAUGGUUUGGCCACCGUAUUGUCGCAUGAGUUCGCACAUCAGUUGGCGAGACAUACAAGUGAAAACUUAUCAAAAGCGCCUUUUUGCGUUAUGCUAAGCGCCUUCAUGUAUACACUGACGGGAGCCAACGCAUUCAACGGUCUACUUUUAGACGGGUUCCUCAGAAUGCCAGCAUCUAGACAAAUGGAAACCGAGGCCGACUAUAUUGGACUCAUGAUCAUGUCCAGGGCCUGCUUCAAUCCUGACGAAUCGGUGAGACUCUGGAGAAGGAUGGAGGAAUUUGAGAAACAACAGGCAAGAGGUGCCAGUAAUUUCGAAUUCCUGAGCACACACCCAGCAAGUGAAAGACGAAUUGAAAACAUGACAAAAUGGUUAGGGAAGGCCCGCGAAAUCUAUGAGCAAUCCGAUUGCAGUAUGUACAACAGUUACUACCAGGGAUUAAAAAAUUCCGUUUUCGGAUUUGCUGAUCCACAAUUUACUCUAAGUCGCAUAUAA